GGUGGAUACUAGCUUUAUCCUUCUCUCAUUUAUUCUGCACUUCCCCACCACUUCACCACACCUCUCCUCCUCAUCUUCCACCACCAGCCUCCUGUAGGCUGGUCCUACUGCAGCCCAUGAAGAGGAACUUAACUUACAUAUUUUUCUGAGAAUUCACUCUCAACUUCUCUCCCAACAUGCUGAAGGUGGUCGUUGAGAGUGCUAAAGGGAUUCCUAAAAAGACCCUCGGUAAUCCUGACCCAAUAGCAGGAGUCGUUUUCAGAGGUGAAAAAAAGAAAACAAAGGCCAUUUCCAAUGAGUUGAAUCCAGUAUGGAAUGAGGUUUUGGAGUUUGAUUUGAAGGGUUCUGCUUUGGACUCGUCUUCAUUUGUGGAAGUGGUUGUUAAGGAUUAUGAGACCAUCGGCAAGGACAAACCUAUUGGCUCUGUGAAAGUCUUUCUCCGGGAGCUGGCCAGCGGUCAGACCAGGUCCUUGCCUUCAAGGAAUAUUCCACUCAUCAAUGAGAAGAAGCAAGAUAUAGGGGCAACAAUCAAUUUAGUAAUUGGAUAUGAACCUCCUGCCAGUGCCCUUCCUAACCCGAAUGUACAAGUUGAUGCUGAAGUUGCUACUGGAGAAUCAGGUGUGUCCUCUGCUGGAAAGGAUGGAACUGAUGCUGAUGAAGACACUGGAGACUGGGGAGAUCAAAGAGCUCCUGGAGAGCCUGCCACACCCGGACAGCCUGGAAAACCUCCCCAAAAGAUGAUCCGCACAGGUCGAAAGAGGCAGAAAGCUCUUGCUAACAAACCCCAAGAUUUCCAGAUUCGCAUACGAAUCAUCGAGGGUCGGCAGUUGGCCGGCAAUAACAUUAAACCGGUCGUCAAAGUGAAUGUGUGUGGACAGACACACAGGACAAGGAUAAGAAGAGGCAACAACCCAUUCUUCGAUGAGAUUUUCUUCUACAAUGUAAACAUGCUGCCCUCUGAACUUUUUGAUGAGAACAUCUACAUCCAGGUUUUUAACUCAUUCUCCUUGAGGUCAGACAGUCUUUUGGGGGAGUUUAAGCUUGAUGUGGGUUACGUCUAUGAUGAGCCUGCUCAUAGCAUUAUGAGGAGAUGGCUACUGCUGAGUGACACAGACGACUCUAGCUCUGGAGCACGAGGUUACCUGAAAGCCAGCAUGAUCAUUUUGGGAACUGGAGAUGACCCACCGGUGGAAAAGAGGGAAGAGAGUGAAGAACAGGAUGACAUUGAGAGCAACCUUCUGCUACCCGCUGGGGUCACCCUGCGAUCAGCCACACUCGCUCUCAAAGUGUACCGAGCAGAGGACAUGCCGCAGAUGGAUGAUGCCUUCGCCCAGUCAGUCAAGAACAUGUUUGGAGGAGAGGGUGACAAGAAAAACCUUGUGGACCCUUUUUUGGAAGUUGGCUUUGCUGGCAAAAAGCUAUGCACAAAGAUCAUUGAGAAGAAUGCAAACCCAGAGUGGAACCAGUUGGUAAACGUGCAGGUCAAGUUUCCAUCAAUGUGUGAGCGCAUCAAACUUACUAUGAUUGACUGGGAUCGCUUCUCAAGCAAUGACGCUAUUGGAACCACCUAUUUAAAUCUGACCAAAAUAGCAUCCUCGGGUGGAGAGGUUGAAGCAGAGUCACUUACUGAAAAUGUAAUGGUCCCAGCUGAUGAUGUAGACAGUGUUGGGAAUGAGGUUGGCUUUCUCCCAGCUUUUGGCCCUUGUUAUCUGAACCUGUAUGGAAGUCUGAGGGAGUUCUCUGAUCUUCCUGAUCCGUAUGAAGAGCUUAAUUUUGGAAAGGGUGAGGGGGUGGCCUACAGAGGGAGGGUUCUCAUUGAACUUUCCACACGGCUGGAUGACAAAGUAGACAAGAAAGUGGAUGACAUCUCCAAUGACGACAUCUUGGUAGCACAGAAAUACCAGCGGAAGAGGAAGUACUCGCUGUGUGCCGUGUUCCACAGUGCCUGCAUGCUUCAGGAGCCUGGAGAACCAAUCCAGUUUGAGGUCAGCAUUGGCAACUAUGGCAACAAGAUGGAUUCGACAUGCAAACCGCUGGCCUCCACCACUCAGUACAGCUGUGCUGUGUUUGAUGGAAAUCACUACUAUUACUUGCCCUGGGCUGACACGAAGCCAGUGGUUAUCCUCACUUCCUUCUGGGAAGACAUAAGUCAUCGUUUAGAUUCAGUCAACAUUAUUCUUUUCAUUGCUGACAGGCUGCAAUCCAGCUUGACCUCACUGAAGACGGCCAUGCUGGCAAAAGUUCCUGAAACACGUUUAGCUGAAAUCUGGCUAAAACUCAUCAACCAGCUCAUUGAAGAUCUCACUAAUUUCCCAUUACCAGAACUGGACACCAAGGCGAACUUGACAGCUUUGGAUAUUCAGCUCAAGAAGUUACGAGACAGUGCCAUCGCUGGGAUCCGGGAAGCAGCUCGCCGCAUGAGAGAAGAGGCCACUGAUGUUAAAGCCACGCUGCCUGACAUUGAGGAGUGGCUAGAGCGCCUACAGCAGAUCGCAGAUGAGCCUCAGAACAGCAUGCCUGACAUCAUCAUUUGGAUGCUGAGAGGAGAGAAACGCAUGGCCUACGCCCGCAUUCCAGCCAAUCAGGUGCUCUUCUCCACCCUCAGUGAGCAGGCUACUGGAAAGUACUGUGGCAAGAAACAGACCAUCUUUAUGCAGUACCCGAUGGAUAAAAACAAAGGGGUGAAGAUUCCUGUGCAGCUGCGUUUGAAUGUUUGGCUGGGCCUGUCAGCUCACGAGAAGAAGUUCAACAGCUUUGCAGAGGGAAUGUUCAGUGUCUUCGCUGAAAUGUAUGAAAACCAGGCUCAGGUUUUUGGGAAGUGGGGCACCACAGGUCUGGUGGGCCGCCACAAGUUCUCCGAUGUGACUGGGAAGAUAAAGCUGAAGCAGGAGUGCUUUCUGCCCCCGCGUGGAUGGGAGUGGGAGGGUGAAUGGUUCAUCGACCCCGAGCGCUGUCUGCUGACAGAGGCCGAUGCAGGGCACACAGAGUUUACAGAUGAAGUUUACGAGAACCAGAGCCGUUUCCCUGGUGGAGAGUGGAAGCCAGCAGCCGAGCCCUACACUGAUGUGAAUGGAGAGAAGGCCCAGAGUCCAAAUGAGGUUGAGUGUCCUCCAGGAUGGAAGUGGGAAGACGAAUGGAGCUUCGACAGCAACAGAGCUGUGGAUGAAAAAGGUUGGGAGUAUGGCAUCACCGUUCCUCCAAGUGAUAAGCCCAGCUCCUGGGUAGCAGCAGAAAAGAUGUAUCACAUCCAUCGCAGAAAGAGAAUGGUGCGGCCACGCAAGAAGAUAGCAAACGCCCCCACCAUAGAGAAGAAAGAAUCAGGUGAUGGCUGGGAAUAUUCCUCUCUGAUUGGCUGGAAGUUUCACAGGAAGGAACGUUCCUCAGAUACAUUCCGGCGCAGACGCUGGAGAAGGAAGAUGGCGCCGGCUGACAGUGUGGGCGCUUCAGCCAUCUUUAAAUUGGAGGGUGCCCUGGGGGUAGACAUUGAUGAGAAAACCAGCAAGAAAGAUGCAGCCAAGCUUUUUGGUGCCAACACGCCCACUGUUUCCUGCAUUUUCGACAGGUCAUACUUGUACCAUCUCAGAGUCUAUGUCUACCAAGCUAGGAACCUUCUUCCCAUGGACAAAGACAGCUUUUCAGAUCCCUACUGCCAUGUGUCUUUCCUCCACGUGAGCAAGACCACAGAGAUCAUUAAAGCCAACCUCAACCCCACAUGGGACCAGACACUCAUCUUUAACAACAUUGAAAUCUAUGGAGACCCACAGACCAUCGCUCUUAAUCCACCCAGUGUUGUCAUGGAGAUUUUCGACAGUGACCAAGUGGGGAAGGAUGAGGCCAUGGGCAGGUGUGUCUGUCCCCCAGUGGUCAAGCUGAACCCAAGCUCACCGGUGUCCCCAAAGCUGCUCUGGUUUCCUGUGUUAAUGAAAGGCAGAAGCGGUGGAGAAAUGCUGGUGGCAGCUGAGCUCAUUCUGAAAGAUAAAACAAAUGAGUCUGAGAUGCCCCUUGUUCCACCCAGACGAGGUGAGAAGCUGUACAUGGUGCCUCAGGGGAUCCGGCCUGUGGUGCAGCUUACUGCCAUUGAGAUCCUGGCUUGGGGUUUGAGGAACAUGAAGACGUACCAGAUGGCUGCUAUAUCCUCCCCCAGUCUGGUUGUGGAAUGUGGAGGACAAACUGUUCAGACAGGUGUCAUCAAAAACAUCAAGAAAAACCCAAACUUUCCAGGAUCAGUUCUCUUCCUCAAAGUGCUUCUCCCUAAAGAAGAGAUGUACACUCCACCUAUUGUUCUGAAAGUAAUAGACCACAGGCCGUUUGGUCGGAAACCCAUUGUUGGCCAAUGCACUAUAGAAUCUCUGGAGGAGUUCAGGUGUGAUCCCUACACAGACACUGCUGAAGUGUCCAGGACUGCCAGAGUGGCCAUGAUGGCAGCAGCCCCUGGAGAUGUAAUUAUUGACAUGGAAGACAGAAGACAAAUUCUAGAUGGCCAGAAUUCGGAAAAGAUGGAGGAGGCUGUGGACUGGUGGAGUAAACUCUUUGCAUCUAUUGGAGAGAAUGAGAAAUGUGGCCCGUAUCUCCAGAAGGGAUAUUCCACUUUAACAGUCUACCAGCAGGAGCUUGAGGCAGUGACAGGUUUCCAUGGGCUCACAGACUUCUGUAACACAUUUAAACUGCACAGAGGAAAGACUGAUGAUGACGAAGAGGACCCCUCUGUAGUGGGAGAGUUUAAGGGAUCAUUCAGAAUUUACCCCUUGUCGGAUGACCCAGAAAUCCUCCCCCCUCCACGGCAGUUCCGGGAGCUACCUGAGAGUGGACCUCAGGAAUGCCUGGUUAGAAUCUAUGUGGUGCGCUGCAUUGAUCUACAGCCCAAAGACAGCAAUGGAAUGUGUGAUCCCUACAUCAAGAUUAGUCUGGGGAAGAAAGUCAUUGAUGACAGGGAUAACUAUAAACCCAACACACUAAACCCAGAGUUUGGAAGAACGUUCGAAAUGUCCUGCUUUCUGCCACAAGACAAAGAUCUGAAAAUCAGUGUCUAUGAUUUUGACUUGUUAAGCCGUGAUGACAAGGUUGGAGACACAGUCAUUGACCUUGAGAAUCGCCUCCUCUCUCGAUUUGGCUCGCACUGUGGCCUUUCACAGACAUACUGUGUUUCAGGAGUGAACCAGUGGAGAGACCAGCUGAAGCCGUCUCAGAUACUUCAGAACCUCGCCAGACUGAGAGGAGUCCCUCCUCCACAGAUUGCAGAUGAUGGCAGUUGGCUUUCCUUUGCUGGACGGGAAUAUAAUCUGCAGGAUUUGGAGGCCGGCAAAGUACUGCACCAGCACCUGGGUCCAGCUAAGGAACGUAUCUGCCUGCAUGUUCUGCGGAAGCAGGGCCUGGUGCCUGAGCAUGUGGAAACCAGAACCCUGCACAGCUCCUACCAGCCCACACUAUCUCAGGGAAGAAUUCAAAUGUGGGUGGACGUGUUCCCUAAAAGUCUUGGCAUGCCCGGACCUCCAGUGGACAUCACUCCUCGUAAAGCCAAAAAGUUUUUCCUGAGGGUAGUCAUUUGGAACACCACUGAUGUCAUCCUGGAUGAAACCAGCAUUACUGGUGAACGCAUGAGUGAUAUCUAUGUGAAGGGGUGGAUGCCAGGUAUGGAGGAGGACAAGCAAAAAACAGAUGUCCACUACAGGUCCCUCGACGGAGAUGGAAACUUCAACUGGAGAUACGUCUUUGGAUUUGACUACCUGCCUGCAGAGCAGCUGUGCCUUGUGUCAAGAAAGGAGCACUUUUGGAGUCUUGACAAAACUGAGUUCAGGAUUCCUCCCAAACUCAUCAUACAGAUUUGGGACAAUGACAAAUUCUCAUUGGAUGACUAUUUAGGCACAGUAGAGCUGGAUUUGAUUCACCUCCUCCCUCCAUCCAAAACCCCUGAAAAGUGCAGCCUUAACAUGCUAACACAAGGACCAAGCAAGAACCUGCCCUUCAAAUCACUCUUCGCUCAGAAGUCUGUGAGAGGCUGGUGGCCCUGUGCCAUGGAAGAGGACGGAAAAAAAGUUCUGACUGGUAAAGUCGAGAUGACUUUGGAGAUUGUGGAAGAGAAGGAGGUGGAAGAAAGGCCAGCUGGGAAAGGAAGAGACGAGCCCAACAUGAACCCCAGACUGGAGCAUCCAAACCGCCCGGAUACAUCAUUCCUGUGGUUCACAAAUCCAUGCAAAACUAUGAAAUUCAUUGUGUGGCGCCGAUUUAAAUGGGUCUUCAUUGGAGGCAUCAUUCUCAUUCUAGUGCUCCUGUUCAUAGGAAUCCUGCUGUACUCUUUACCUAACUACAUUUCAAUGAAAAUUGUGAAGCCAUUCUAAAAGGAGAUCAAAGGGCUGUCACUGGAGUACAUUGACAAAGAAUGAUGGGAUUACCAAAAUGUAUCAUCAUUUUUAUACAUUGUUCUAUAUUAAAAUUAUUUUUACAAUGUUCACAAAUGCAGUUCAAUGACCGCAGGUUUGCACUUUCUCUCGAAUUUCAUACAGUAUAAUUGACAGCAUACAGAGCAUAGCAAGAUAUUUAUCACAACAGAACUUUUUGAUUCAGUGUUGUAAUCAAGUCAAUUUAUCAGAUCCACUCACUCUCCUACAAUAGUAAUUUACAGGAGAACAUUCAGAUUCAACAUAUUGUACUGUAUAUAUGAUCAUUUUCCACUGUAUUGUGUAGACAUACCUGCCUAAGCCUUGUCAAAGGAAAUAAAUGUUGAAAUAACAACACAAAUACAAAGAAA